AUGGAGUCCGCUACAGCUGUUUGUGCUGAUUGCGAUGCAAAAAAUCCCCAAUGGGCUUCCAUAAAUCGUGGAGUUUUUAUAUGCGAUGAAUGCAAUUCAAUACAUAGGCAACUCGGACGGCAUGUCAGUCAUGUGCGAUCCCAUUUAUACAAAUCUUUAUGGCGGCCUUCUCAACUAUUUAUGGUACAAUACUUGGCUCUUGCUGGUGCCAACAGGUUUUGGGAACACGUUUUAUUGGAGCCACUUUUAACUAAGAGGAAUGAGAAACCUCAACCCGACUCCCCUUUGCACCCAGUAAAAGCGGAUUUUAUUCGGAAAAAAUACUUAUUUCAUGGGUUCUUUAAACUUCCCAGCGUCAUUCAUCCUGAUGAUCUUAAUCAACAGUUGCAUGCCAGUGUUCGCACUGCUGUUCUGGAAACCAGUCUGUACCUCCUAGCUCUAGGGGCAAAUCCAAACUAUAUUCACCCCAUGAAAGGAACAUCCCCAGUUCAUGUGGCUUGUCAGUAUGAACAAAUCGGUCAGCUGGAGUUGCUUAUUGCCUAUGGUGGAGAUGUCUGUUUACGCUCGGACAUGGGCAUAACCCCACUUGAGGUAGGCUACUAUUUUCCAUUUGCAGCUUUUCUGCGGUAG